GCACUCUACUACGAGAAGUAGGCGGAACCAAUGCCAGAGUGAUCAAGUGGUCGAACGUUCUAUGCCGACGGACCAGAGUAAUUCCAUAGCACGCGAGGCUGAUGUUGGACUGUUGCUGCAAUAAAUAUAACUAAUGUAUUUAAUUUGUGCAAUUUGACUGCGAAUUAGAUCUAAGGGGAUCCACGGGACAAUGAGUCUACCGACAAAGUUUGCUUUCGCUCAGCGUGCACUUGUGCUGGAUCUGGCAGCGUCUAUAUUUCGGCCAUCAGUUUUGAAACAAGACUCACUUCUUGGGACAUUAUCAGCCAAUGCAAGACCAUACCGGUCUAUGCCAACCCAUGGAAUUGGUCGAUAUAAGAACCUUUUACCUCCAGAAGUGGCGAAAAAGAGAAAGGAGAGGAUACAAAUGAAACCGAUCAAAGCCGCGACAGAGUUUGAGUACGGAGAUUUGAACGUGGCAGUUUUUGGCUAUGACAUGACUCUCGUGGAGCACUACUCUCAAUAUAUCCACAACCUUUGCAACCGGCUAAAGAUCAAAGUGGGCGAAAGCUAUGCUCUACCGACAAAGAGCACAGAAAUAUUUUCCAUGCAGGAUAUAGGUGCCAAAAUGAGUGUGGAUGCUGUGCUGAAGACUCAUCGGCGUGUCGUCCAGCUGUCCGGUUUGAAUGCCACAGUUUGCCCUGUGUUCAUUGAAGUCUUGCUCAAAAACCUGCCAGAGGGGGUCGAUCUCACUAUAUCAGAGCACACGGAGGAAGAUUUCUCAAGCCGAAUGAAAACACGACCGGAACUAGAAGAGCUGAUGGCAAAAAUGAAUUCCUAGUUCCUUCCUGUGAACUGAGAGAUGUUAAUGUUUUAUUAAUAUGUAAUUGGCUGUUAUGUUUUUUUUUUUCUUUCCUGUUGUAAUCAUACAUCAGUGUGCAUCUUCUGAUCCAUGGUUAAAUUAAAAUUGGUUAAUGCGAAUGAUGAUAAAGACUUAAUUAAAAGUUAAUCUUUUCCACAGUAAUGGCUGGGCAGAAUAUUAUUAACCAUUAUAUAUCCAUUAGGUUGCAAGUAAAAAUGCAUCGGUGAUAUUAAUCAUAUUAAAGGUCUUGUUGUCCAUGG